ACCUUCAGACAGCUCUCGACACUCACGCCAGCAGUCUUACGUUUGACAAGUCGCACGCCAAGAUGUUCCACCCCGGUUCACCCCCACGAGCGCGCAUCGCGUUUGGCUAAAGGCGUCACGGACCGUUUAACCGCCUCAGGGUUACCCUUUUAGGCUGAACCCCACACUACUACACCGAUGUUUCGCUUACUCCUCCCUGUACUCCUCCACGUGCGGCUUAUUGUUUCCCGAGCCUUAUAACGACCCUGGUCCCAUUACCGAGACUUGAAGGAUGUUCCCACUGGACGCUCUUCGAAUCUCUGGUCGAAAACACGCAAGUAUAUGUAUAACGCGCCUUUGAAUUGGAUGAUCGCCCAACGCUACUAUUCGCUAUCCACUCCGAAGAAACAACAUCAAGAAGCCGUCCAUCAUGAUCCGUUCAGCGCACAACGGCGAUCGUUAUGAACUCACAAACCAUGCUGCGAUGGCCAAAGCCAGCGGCUUCCUCUGGAACCAAAAGAUGAUGAUCCAGGUAACCUGCCGCGGCUACGCAACCGCUCAGUUCAUGCAGCCCGAACCUGCGAAGUAUGUCCACGCGCCGAAUCUUGAAGCCAAGACCUUCAUGCAGCCGGAGCAAAAUUAUUAUGCACAUCAUCCUGGGCGGUUUGUCUAUGUUAAGGAUGAAGAGACGGGAGAGAUUUGGUCGGCGCCGUAUGAGCCAGUCCGAGCGAAACCGGAUCGGUUCGUGUUUUCAGUUGGAAAAAGUGAUAUCCAAUGGACAGUAGAGAAGGAUGGAGUGAGGGUGGAGAUGAACCUGCUGCUGCCGACAGAGGAUGUCGCUGAGCUGUGGAGUAUAAGAGUCACCAACAUUUCGAACCGGAAGCGGAAGACCAGUGUGUACCCCUUCUUUCCCUUCGGAUAUAUGUCCUGGAUGAAUCAGGAGGCAGAGUGGAACGAGGAAGUAGGCGGUAUUGUGGCAAGCAGUAAGACGCCAUAUCAGAAAGCAGAAGACUACCCGAAGACGAAGUUCCUGAAAGACAAGACCUACUUUUUGUGCGAGCAGGCACCGGUUGCAUGGGAAGCUAGACAAGACGCAUUUGAGGGCGAAGGCAAUUUACACGCCCCAGAAGCAUUGGAAGCGGAGUACUUGAGCAAUAGCGAUGCGAGAUACGAGACCCCUACAGCUGCGGUGCAGUAUCGAGCUGAGCUUCAGCCGAACAGCUCGGAGGAAUACCGAUUUCUCUUGGGUCCAGCAUUCGACGAAGCGGAGAUCCUCGCCAUGCGAGAGAAAUAUCUCAGCAAGGAUGGUCUUGCACAGGCCCGGAAAGAGUAUGAAGCAUACAUCGCAGCAGGCAGUGGAUGUCUCAAGAUCGAAACACCAGAUAAAGAUCUCGACAACUUUGUCAACAAUUGGCUACCACGACAAGUCUACUAUCACGGCGACGUCAAUCGGCUUACCACCGACCCUCAGACUCGGAACUACCUGCAGGACAACAUGGGUAUGGCCUUCAUCAAGCCUAACGUGUGUCGCGACGCAAUCCUUACUGCAAUUGGUCAGCAGGAAGAGAGUGGCGCAAUGCCCGAUGGGAUCUUACUGACGGAAGGUGCGGAGCUGAAGUACAUCAAUCAAAUUCCGCAUACAGAUCACUGUGUCUGGCUCCCCAUCGCACUAGAAAUCUACCUCAGCGAGACAGGAGACUACGAUCUUCUCGACAAGAAAGUCAAGAGCUUGCACGGAGACACGCAUACGGUCUUUGAACGCUUCAGUCGCGCAAUGGACUGGCUUCUUUCUUCCAGCGCAAGAGAUACUCGAGGCCUGAGCUACAUCGCACAAGGCGACUGGUGCGACCCCAUGAACAUGGUUGGUCCAAAAGGGGUCGGUGUGUCAGGCUGGCUGACCGUCGCUACCGCGUACGCGGUGAACCUCUGGGCCGAUGUCUGCGAACAAGUCGACAAAGUCGACACUGCAAACAGGUAUCGCGAAGGCGCAAAAACCGUCAACGAGUCAGCGAACCGAUAUUUAUGGGACGGUGAUUGGUUCUCUCGAGGCAUCACAGACGACGGUGUUACGUUUGGUAUCAAAGACGACAAAGAAGGCCGUAUCUGGCUCAACCCGCAGGCAUGGAGUAUUCUCGGUGGCGCGGCUUCGUCUGAAAAGAUCAAGAAGAUUUUGCCGCAGAUUGACAGCCAACUCACGACUCCAUAUGGUGUGCUUAUGUUUGCGCCACCGUUCACAGCCAUGCGCGAAGAUGUUGGCCGCGUGACGCAGAAGUAUCCCGGACAAGGCGAGAAUGGCAGUGUGUACAACCACGCUGCAUCUUUCUACGCGUGGGCGAUGUACACCAUCGACGAGGCAGAUCGCGCAUACUCCUGCCUUCGCGCAAUGAUUGCUGGGCCAGAUGAAGAAGAUCUACUGGCAAGAGGUCAGUUGCCGGUGUUCAUACCAAACUACUACCGUGGAGGCUGGGGUAUCGAGAAGUUCCAGCGCACGGCUGGGCGCAGUUCGCAAUUGUUCAAUACCGGCACUGUAAGCUGGGCGUAUCGAUGCAUCAUAGAGGGGCUGUGUGGGUUGAGGGGUGUUAAGGAGGGCUUGAAGAUCGAUCCGAAGUUGCCAAAGAGAUGGGACGGUAUUAAGGUGAGCAGGCAAUUCCGGGGAGCGACUUUCGAGGUAGAGAUUAAGCGCGCCGAUGUGAAGAGCGUGGAAGUGAUCUUGGAUGGGAAUGAGCUAGAUGGAACAGUUGUGAAAUAUGUAAAAGCUGGCAGGACGUAUAGACUUGACGUGCAGAUUCCAUAGGAGAGAAAAAAGACAUCGGCUUUACAUUUGACUG